ACGGCUGGCUGGGUAAGUGAAUGGGACGGAAAAUACCUGUCUGUUCUCGUCUCACAUCUUAUUUGCAACUUAAUGUGCAUCUAAUAAGUUGACAUUAUCCUUAGCAGUCACCAUAGACAGUAAAAAUGGCUGCAUAUAUUCGUGUUGUCGAAGACGAGUCGGACCCUGAAGUGAUCGAAUUACCGGUUGAGCCAGACGGUACUAUGUUGUUGAGCACACUGACUGCACAGUUCCCGUGUGCAUCGGGGCUGAAAUACCGUAACCCAGGCACGGGUAGCUUGAGGGGACUUCGUGUAGUGGAAGGCAGGAUACAACCUCCAGAUGAUGUGUGGGGAGAUCAUCUUUACAUUGCUGUAUUUCCAAAAGAUAAUAAGCGAAAGGGUGAUGAUAGCAGUGAGAACAACUCUGCCAAAACACGACGUGUAGAAAACAAAACAGUCGAUUUGAUUGUGCUUGGCCUAGCAUGGAAGACGACUGUUGGGAGCAUGAGAGAAUACUUUGAGAAAAACUUUGGUGAAGUUCUAAUUUGUGAGAUCAAGAAAAACAUGGACAAUCAAUCCAAAGGGUUUGGCUUUGUGAGGUUCAAGGACUACAAAGUGCAAUGUUUAGUUGUUUCACAGAGACACAACAUAGAUGGCAGAUACUGUGACGUCAAAGUUCCUGAUUCUAAAAAUUCUCAAGAUUCCAAGAAGAUGUUUGUAGGUCGGAUGCCCCAAGACAUGACUAAGGAGGAUCUUUACAAUUACUUCACAAAGUUUGGUGAAGUGACAGAUGUGUACAUUCCUAAGCCGUAUCGCUGCUUUGGUUUUGUGACCUUCUUGAGGUCAGAUGUUGCUACUAUAGUUGCCAAUGAAGACCACAUAUACAAGGGAACAAGUUUACAAGUGAACCGAGCGGAACCUAAAAAUCCUAAGAUGAGAAUGCAGGGAGAUAGCGAUCACCACUCUGGCUAUGGAUAUGGAGGAGGUUAUUCCGAUCAAGGGAGGUAUUAUUCUCGAGGAGAUUAUUCGCAGAGCGGCAGAGGACGAGGAGGAGGGCGUAGCGGAGGGGGUAAGAUAGGAGGACGAGGAGACGGAUACAGGGACAGAGAUCAAGGUAGUAUUGGGGGACCACCAAACCAAGUUAAUACUUCAAAUGUAGGAGUUGGUAUGGGUGGAGGUAUGGGUGGGGGUAUGGGUGGUGGUAUGGGUGGGGGUAUGGGUGGGGGUAUUGGUGGGGGUAUUGGUGGGGGUAUGGGUGCCAACCCAGGGGGGCAAGGACCUGGUCAGAUGGGGAACUUCCCCUGGAACCAGGCUAUGUUGGCUGCUUUGAGUCAGGCUGGAUGGGGGAUGAUGAGCAACAUGCUUGCACAGGGUAUGCAGCAAGGCAUGCAGCAGGGAAACCAACAACAACAGCAGCAGCAGCAACAGCAGCAGCAACCGCAGCAGUCACAGCAGUCACAGGUUACUAUGACACAGAGUAGUAAUCAAUCAACUCAGGUACCUAACCAACAACCAAUGCAGCAGCCUCAGAAUAGUGGUGGGGGCUAUGGAUCGGGCCAGCAAUCCCUAGGCUGGGGUACCAGUCAAUCCAAUGUAAGUGAUACAGGAAGUACUGCUUAUUUAAUGGGUGAUACAAAGGGAGGAGGCAGUGGGUGGUAACGUGAGUCAUUUACUGAAGGAAUUGAACAACUCAAAUAGAACUUUGGUACAUGUCUGGUCUGUGUAUAAACAUGAGAAGGCAAUGUGUAAUGCGUUGUACAUUCUGGUGAGAUGUUAUGCCUUCGCCCGUGGAUGUAUUUGGGAAAUUGUACUUGAAGUGUUGUAAAUUACAAUUUAAGGCACUUGUGAUUCCAUGUACGUGCUGACGAUCUUGUGAUAGCAUUCAAAUACAUAGGGAAUGAUUUGUGUAUGCUGUUUGCUGCAUAUGAAUGUACGUAAUCUUAGCAACAUCAAAUCUAUGAAGGAAUUGACCAACUCAAAUGCAACUUUGGUACAUGUUUGGAUUGUGUAAAACAUGAGAAGGCAAUUUGAACGAGACUGUUGUACAUUCUGGAUGAGAUGUUAACAUAUAUGCCUUCGCCCAUGGACAUUUUGGGGAAAUGUACAUUUGUGAUUGCAUUCCAAUGAAUGAUUUGUGUAGCUGUAUGUACGUAAUCUUAACAACAUCAAAAUUAUGAACGAAUUGACCAACUCAAAUUAGCCUACAACUUUGGUACAAGUCUGGUUUGUGUAAAACAUGAGAAGGCAAUGUGUAACAAGAGUGUUGUACAUUCUGGUGAGAUGUUAUGUUUGCCCGUGGAUGUAUUUGGGAACUGACAGUUGUUCCUAAAGUGUAGUAAAUUACAAUUUAAGGCACUUGUGAUGUACAUGUACGUGUUGAUGAUCUUGUGAUUGCAUUCAAAUGUGUAUACAUAGGGAUGAUUUGUGUAUGCUGGAUGCUACAUGAAUGUACGUAAUCUAAACAACAUCUACUGAUUGAAUUGACCAACUGAAAUAUAACUUUGGUACAUUGUGUAAAACAUGAGAAGGCAAUGCUGAAUGAGAGUGUUGUACAUUCUUGGUGACAUAUAAUGCCUUCGGUCACUGUUGAACGUGUGUGGGGAAAGGUAUUGUUGUACUUAAAGGAACACGUUGCCUUGGAUCGGACGAGUUGGUCUUUGAAAAGCAUUUGAAACCGUUUGU